AUGGAAAGAACUAGAAAUGAAUUAAAAAGGUUAGUUGCUAAUGGAAUCUCUAAAUCAGGAGAAAUCUUAUGGGAAGAUGAAGAAGUUAAAGAAUAUAUUCAUAUAGUUGAUGGUGCUUUAGUUACAAAGUUCAUUAUUAAAAGUUCAGAUGCUACUGAGUUAAAUAACUACAAGCUGAAACUAUAUUUCACAAUCAACCAGAAUAGUACAGCUGUAGAUGCAAUAUUGGUGGUUCACACAAAUAUGGUGCUCAAGAAAAUUAAUUUUGAUGAGGAAUAUUAUCAGUUCAAAAGCAUAUUCAAACAGAAACUCUCCAUUAAAAUUGUUAAUUUGUCUAACAAUUUCAACUCUAUGAUCAAUUCAAAUUUUCAGGAAAAUAUUGAUUUUAUUGAUGGUAUUUCAAAUCAUUAUAAUACAAAUAAGAAUGCUGAAACAGAUGGUGAAAUUUAUCCUGAAUUGUUAAUUGAUGUUCCAAAUUAUGGUGAUGUUAAUGAUUAUCAUAAAGGAUGGGGUGAAACAAAUUUCGAUUUAGAUCCUGAAGAUGAAUUUGUUUUAAGUGAUGGUAAUGAAGAUGAUGAAUAUUCAAGUUCUAAUUUUAUAAAAGAUUAUAAUCAGAAGUACAGAACAUUUGGUUACUGCCAAAUUGAGAAUAAUAACAACCAAUCAAUGGAAUUUUAUCAAAAUAUCAAUAAAGAUUCUAGUAAUGACUCUUUAAUUGUUUAUGAUGGGUCAACGCAAUUUAAUCCUAUUUUAAUAGAUAGUGAUGAAAAUGAAUCUUUUGCUGAAAAGGAUGAUCCAUUUGUUGAAAUGGUUGAAAAUGUUGAUGCUAAUGAAAUUCAUGAUUUGCAAAAGAUUCAAGAAAAGAGUAGUGAUGUUAGUUAUUCCGGUAAUAUUUAUAAUGGUGAUGUUUACAAUUAUACAUCACGUCAUAUUGGUAAAGACACUACUUACAAAGGUUUGUAUGAAGUGGAAUAA